GGCCUUGCUUCCGCUUCCUUGUCCCCAGAGAAGAUGGCGGCGGCCUCCAGCCUCUCGAAGGCCGAGUACUUGCGGCGGCGCUACCUAGAGGGCAGCGUUGCGGAGGCGGACAAGAAGCGGCGGCGGAAGAAGAGGGCGGCGGCGGCGGCUGGGGGGCGGAUGCGCAUCGUGGACGACGACGACGUGAGCUGGAAGAGCAGGCCCGCCGAGGAGCCGGAGGAGGAGGAGGCAGACGAGAGCGACCUGCCCGUGGUGGCUGAAUUUAUCGAUGAACGGCCAGAUGAGGUUAAGUGGAUGGAAACUUUCCGAGCAAGUAAUAAAUGGAAGUUACUAGGAGACCAGGAUGAAGAGCCACAGUUAUUUGGAUGUUCUGCGUCAACCACAUCUAUAAGCAGUUCAGAAACCUCCAGAACAAACAAAAAAAAGCAUUUGUUGGACCAGUCCCCACCUAGGAGGCACCGUCAUGCCCAGCCUGAUCUGUCCCCUCAAAGGGAGCCUUCAGCAGGAGGCACAAAUCGUGUCAAAGGCUCAAGUGGAAGCCAACGUGAAUUGUUCUCAGGCGAACGCUCAGCCGGCCAGAAGUACAGGGAGGCUGCGGAGGCUGCUGUGUCUCUGCCUUUCAAGAAAGCAUCUCGUGCUGAGGGAGACUUGCUGCCACCCAGAAGCAACCUGCAGCCCCAGCCAACAACAGCAUCAGCAAAGAAGCGGCAGAGACAUGAUUCGGAAUGCAGUUCUGGGUCUUCUCCGACAAGGAGGAGAACUCAAGCCACCUCAGAUUCGGACCUUUCGCCACCGCGGGCCACUGGCCAGCCCGGCACACGGCAACCAAAUUCUCCUUCUGAUCUCUCCCCCCCCAGAAGGAAUCGGCACAAAUCUUCAGAUUCGGACUUAUCUCCUCCUCGAAGAGGAGCAGGCCGCAAGUCCAGAAGCCCCUCUAGGGUCCUGCCGCGUCAUCAGACCAUGGAGUCCAACGGGAGCAGCCAGAGGAUGCUGUCAGGGGACAAAGCUGGCUUGGUAUCAGCUGAUCUGUUGAGAAGGGAGCAGCAGGAACGUAAGAAGGCUGGCAGGAGCAACAAUAGCAAACAUCUGGAGGAUGAAUCUCGGCAUGCGAAGACAGUUUUCCGGGAUGAGAUGGGCCGGAAGAGGGACCUGAGGCAGGAGCGGCUGGAGCAGCGCAAGAGGGCAGAGGAGAAAUCUGAGCGAGACGAGCAGUACGCCAAGUGGGGGAAAGGCCUGGCACAGAGCAGGCAGCAGCAGCAAAACGUGGACGAUGCCGUGAAGGAGAUGCAGAAGCCGCUGGCGAGGUACAUCGACGACCAGGACUUGGAUCAGAUGCUGCGGGAGCAGGAGCGAGAAGGAGACCCCAUGGCCGACUUCAUGAGGAAGAAGAAGGCGGCAGCCAAGGAGAGGCAAGGCGCCAAAGAAAAGCCAAAAUAUAAUGGGCCAGCACCCCCCCUGAACAGGUUCAACAUCUGGCCAGGCUAUCGCUGGGAUGGAGUAGACAGGUCCAACGGUUUUGAGAAGAAGCGCUUUGCCAGAAUAGCAAGUAAAAAAGCAACCCAGGAACUCGCGUACAAGUGGAGUGUGGAGGACAUGUGAGCGCCAGGGCCAGGCCGGGACACAAGACAUUCAAAGGCCCCUCGGAAGCGGGAGGCUUCCUCCUACCAGAGUUCGCCUCCUAGAACCUGCAGGACAGCCUCUGCCCAGCACGGCUUCAUAGGAGCCCCGGAAUGCGGAGGGUCUUGGAAGGAGCCCCGAGAGCUGUUGGGGUGGAGACCCCCCCGUCGGUUGGUCCAGCUGGAAGGCAGAACUCGCAGGGCAGUGGAAGAGGCUGCGGCUGGCCGUGCCUCUUGUCCCAGAGGUGUUUGGGGGAGAGAAGAUCUACGGCUCUGCGUCUCCCUGGACACGUUGCUUCUGUUGGACCGUUGGGUUGUGGGGCUUUCGCCCUUUCGGUCUCUUGUGAACUUGCAGGGCAUCCUGGAGCGGCGGGGUGUGUGUGGGGGUGUGGGGGGGGGUGUCUGUUCCCCUUAAAGGACUUGCUGGCAUGGUGGCCAAACCAGAAGAGGCUGAUUGGAAAACCUCUUCUUGCUGCUUCUGCGGCGUCAUUCCGGAGGCUGCUCUGAGGAUCCCUGCAAGCGGCAGAGAAGGGCAAAGGGCGUCGUUAGGGAAAGCUGCAGCGCCGGAGCUCCGGGACUCUUCCCAGAUUUUCAGUACUUGCUGCCAUUGAAGCAGACAGUUUGUAAACAACAGGUUUCU